AUGACCACCGUGACCACCACCGCUUCCCCGCUGCCGGCGACAAAGCCCGCCCAAUCCAACAACCACGUCCACGACGCCAAUGCCCCGCCCAUCCCAGCCCACGUCUCCCUCCUCGCCGGCGGCGCUGCCGGCGCCAUCGAAGCCGCCCUGACCUACCCCUUCGAAUUCGCCAAAACCCGCGUCCAGCUCAAGAACGAAACCAGCAACACUACCAUGCCCGCGCGGCCGCAGCCGCAGCCGCAGCCGCAGCCCUACAAGAGCCCCAACCCCUUCGCCAUCAUCCGCGCCGUGGUCCGGCACGAGGGCGCGCGCGCCCUCUACGCCGGCUGCACCCCGCUCGUCAUCGGCUCCGUCGGCAAGGACGGCGUGCGCUUCCUCUCCUUCGACCUGAUCAAGCGGCAGUUCGCGGACCGCGACACGGGCACGCUGACGCCGCUGCGCAGCCUGCUGGCCGGCAUGACGGCGGGGGUCGUCGCGUCCGCCACCGCCGUCACGCCGACGGAGCGCAUCAAGACGGCGCUGAUCGACGACGCGCGCGCGGGCGCGGGCGCCGCCGGCGGCGAAGGGCGGUUCCGCGGCAGCAUGGUCGAGGCGGUCCGGGCGGUGGUGCGCGAGGACGGCGUGGUGCGGGGGUUGUAUCGCGGCUUUGCGGGCACGACGCUGAAGCAGGCGAGCGCGACGGCCACGCGCAUGGGCACGUACAACGUCCUGAAGGACUGGGAGCGCGUGCGCGGCGUGGAGCAGACGACGGCGGUCAACUUCGCGAACGGGAGCGUCGCCGGCAUCGUCACGACGUACGCGACGCAGCCGUUUGACACGAUCAAGACGCGGUGCCAGAGCGCGAGGGGGGAGUCGACGGCGGCGGCGGUGCGGAGCAUCUGGGAGGAUGGCGGCGUCAAGGCGUUUUGGAGGGGCACGGUGAUGAGGUUGGGGCGGACGAUUUUCAGCGGUGGCAUCUUGUUCACGGGUUAUGAGAGGAUGGUCAAGAUUUUGGAUCCCCUCAUUGGGAGGGGGACGGGAUAUGCUUGA